AUGGAUGACAUAAAACGUAGAAAGUUACCCGAACAUUUUGUGUGUUUUGAGCUACUUGAGUCUGAGUCCGAGGAUGGUGAUGGUGUGGACUAUAGGGGACAUUUUUUGAUAGACACUGUGUUUUCGAGUUUUAAGGAUGCUGUUUUAUGGGCACAAAAUGUUUGUCGCCUGCUCGGAUAUAUGUUAGUGAAGACUUCUUACAAGACCGAUCGGAGUGGUCGGCCGUAUCGAUAUGUGAGUUGUGAUCGUGGAAAAAAGAGCAUAAUAAGAGACAUGAUGAACACGAUACGCAAAGACACAAAAAGCAAGGAAAACAAUUGUCCCUUCAAAGUCAAGGUUGAGUAUGUCAGAGUAGUAAGUGGCUGGAAGCUCAGUUGCUUGAACGACACUCACAAUCAUUCAUUGGUUGUGUAUCCCGAGGGAGAUCGACAAAUCAGCGGCCUUAGUCCUACUUCUAAGCAGGUAAUGCGUGACAUGACUCAGGCAAAGGUGCCGCCUCGGCAUAUCAUGAGAACUCUUGUAGAAAAGUUUCCCGGAGACCAUCCAAACAUUAGGCAUGUCUACAACUGCAGAAGUAACAUCAUAAUGGAGCGAUUCAAGGGAAGAGAGGUGGUUCACCAGGUGCUUCAUUUGGCCAAACAGAGCAAAUACCUCACUUGGGUUAUGACUGAUACCAACAAUGUGUUGCAACAUGCUUUCAUGGCACACCCGAUCAUGACAAAUUUGCUAUGCACAUACCCGUACGUGAUAGGUAUGGAUUCCACUUACAAGACGAACCGAUAUGGCAUUCCAAUCUUUGAGAUUGUUGGGGUUACACCGACUAAUCAGCACUUUCUUGUUGGAUACGCAUUCAUGAGGUCGGAGUCUGAAGAAAGUUAUCGGUGGGUGCUUCAGUGCUUGAGGUUGUUGAUCGGUCAUCAUAGAGAGCCGUCGGUACUACUGACAGAUAGGGAGCUUGGCCUUUGUGUAGCGUUGAAGAGCGUGUUUCCAAACACAAGACACAUGCUGUGUGUGGCACAUAUUAACAAAGAUGUUGAGGCGAAGGUUACUUCCAUGUUUGAAAAAAAGAAGUAG